GCUCAAGCUGUUAGCUGGUGUCCGCACCUUACCCCCAACUUACUGCCGACCAUGAUGUCAUGGUCUUUGAAUCGCCUUGCCAGCCUCAGCGUGUUGCUGGGCUUGGCUUUGACUGAGGAAUGCCAGCCGAGCGGCCGUGCUCUUUUGCAAACCGCUGUGGUGAAGUCGGCCCAAGUGGCUCCGGUUUGUUCAUCUUGGAAGCUGGAGAUUGCCGCUGAGAACAGAGAUUGGGAAGCGCAUAUCUUCGAGAUAGAGCUCUACAGCGGCGAUCACCUGAUUUCAGGAGCAGGCAUGGGAACUGCCACUUCGGAUUGUGAGCGCUCCUCUGCUGGUGGCGCCUUUGAUGGAGACACGAGCACCAAGUGGGUUACUUGCUCUGGCAACAAGGUUGGAAAGAGCGUGACCUACGAGUUGAACCAGCCAAAUGGCGUGACCAAGAUCAAGACUGUGCAGUGGGGCAGUGCCAACAAUGCCAUUCCCAAGUUUGCCUUGUACUGCUCGACGGACGAGGUCACCUUCUCCUAUGUCUGGACGGCAGACUUGGGUACUGGUGCUAGCACCAAUGAGGCCGUGUCGGGGCUUUCCGCUCCCAGUCCUGACCAGGUUGCCAGUUUUGCUGCCCCAACCACCACCACCACAACUUUGGACCCAGCGCUGGCAGCGAAACUUAGGAUCUUCGUGACGAGUGAGAAGCAUUCCAUGAACCUGGGCGGCCUCUCCGGCGCGGAUGCCAUCUGCACGGCGGAGGCCGGGCAAGCGGCCAAGGCCUUGCUGGCGGACGACUCUGGAUGCCCUGGGGUGCCGUGUCGGCGCGCCUCCGUGAAGUCUUGGCCGCCAGACGCGGAGAGAAAGGACUGGCCGUUGCAGCCUCGGACGACCUACUACAGCAAGGAUUGGACUCAGGAGGUGGUCACCACGGAUUGCCAUGGAUUGAUGGCGGGGGGCCUCACGCAUCCACUCAGUACAUGCAGCAAUCAGGCGACUGGGAUGACGGUGGAUUGGCAAACAUUUGCGACCUGCAAAGGAUACACCAGCAGCGAUGCAGCUGAUCAGCUGGCAGUGGGAUGGUCCUGCGCCAACGAUGCGCGGGGGUUGAUCUUCAGCUGGACGGGGUCUGAGGGUACUAAGUCCUGCGAGUCGAAGGAGUAUUUCCUAUGUGUCACCACUUCGGACCAGGCAGUUCCGGAGCAGUGUCCGGAUUUCGAGGUUCUGCAGCUGGACGACUACCAGGGCUACAUCACCGGCUCCGGGAAGGCGGUGGUCUACAUGGGUCCUCGCGUGGCGCUCGUCGUCGCGGAGACCGCGAGGACCAGCGAGUUCGACCCAGACGUCAACGAUGCUGCAACCACGGAGGCCAUGAAACACAUCGUGUCCAAUCUGGAAAAGAUGCUCUACAUCUAUGACGAUGUGGUUGGAAUGAUCCCUCAGUACUAUACCUCUCCGGACGGACGCCUGGAAGGUCGGGUUCCCAACGAAGUGAACUUCAUCGCCGCCGGUGGUCUGGCGAAAGCCUCCAAAGCCGGCUGCGCGGUGGGUCCAGACUUCCUGCGCAAGAUGUUGGAGAUGACCCUGGAGGGACGCCAGGUGAUCGACCACAUCUUCUUCUACGAGAACUUCAGGAACUACAUGUUUCCACAGAUCUUCACCAAGGUCUUGGAUUACCACACGUCUGUUAGCUAUUGGAGCUCAGGUUGGGUGAAUCAAGGCUUCAUCAACAUCUUCGGAGGCCUCGUUUCUGUGGCCAUUGAACCGCCGGUGGAGUUCAAUUACUUCGGAAAGACUCGCGCGGAGUUCAUGGAGAUGAUGGAGGCAAACUUGGUGAUCUACGUCAGCGACCCACAGUACACCGUGGACAACACCUUCAUGAAGGACUUCCUCCCCUGGUCGUCCCACUCCAGUCUCGACAACUUAUACUCAGGACUCAACUCCUUCCUCUUCCGGAAGUGUGGCGGCGUCACCUUCCUGAAGGGUUUCUUCGGUGCCUUGGAGGGCCUCUUGAGCCGCGCUCCGGACACCUUGGCGGACUACGAGACGGCCAUGGAGAACUACUACAUCGCCGCGAGUAUUGGCGCCAAUGCAGACCUCAAGGACUUCUUCAUAGGUGAGAUGAAGUGGCAUCUCCGGCAAGCAGCCUUGGACGAAGUGAGUGCCAAAGGUUUGACAGGUAUGAGCCUAUCAGCAACAACCACCACUACUACGACCACUACGGAGGCGGUCCAUACGGCUCCGAUUUGUUCAUCUUGGAAGCUGGAGAUAGCCGCUGAGAACAGAGAUUGGGAAGCGCAUAUCUUCGAGAUAGAGCUCUACAGCGGAGAUCACCUGAUUUCAGGAGCGGGCAUGGGAACUGCUACUUCGGACUGCGAGCGCUCCUCGCCUGGUGGCGCCUUUGAUGGGGACACGAGCACCAAGUGGGUUACUUGCUCUGGCAACAAGGUUGGAAAGAGCGUGACCUACAAGUUGAACCAGCCAAAUGGCGUGACCAAGAUCAAGACUGUGCAGUGGGGCAGUGCCAACAAUGCUAUUCCCAAGUUUGCCUUGUAUUGCUCGACGGACGAUGUCACCUUCUCCUAUGUGUGGACCGCAGACUUGGGUAGUGGUGCUAGCACCAAUGAAGCUGUGUCAGGGUUUUCCGCUCCCAGUCCUGAACAGAUUGCCAGUUUUGCGCCCCCCUGCCCUGUUUGUUCAUCUUGGAAGCUGGAGAUAGCCGCUGAGAACAGAGAUUGGGAAGCGCAUAUCUUCGAGAUAGAGCUCUACAGCGGAGAUCACCUGAUUUCAGGAGCGGGCAUGGGAACUGCUACUUCGGACUGCGAGCGCUCCUCGCCUGGUGGCGCCUUUGAUGGGGACACGAGCACCAAGUGGGUUACUUGCUCUGGCAACAAGGUUGGAAAGAGCGUGACCUACAAGUUGAACCAGCCAAAUGGCGUGACCAAGAUCAAGACUGUGCAGUGGGGCAGUGCCAACAAUGCUAUUCCCAAGUUUGCCUUGUAUUGCUCGAAGGACGAUGUCACCUUCUCCUAUGUGUGGACCGCAGACUUGGGUAGUGGUGCUGGCACCACUGAAGCCGUGUCAGGGCUCGCAAUUUGACUCCUCAAGAUAUCAGCCAGCUGACGUCUUGCUCAUUUUUCUGCUGGCUGAGCAAUGCAACCUGCGGUGACUGCAUGCUUUGAAACAUGUACCCCCCCCCCCCGGCAUGGCAGUGCCGUUUCAGCGGCUGGAGCCGGGGAUGAGAAGACGUGAGAAAAGAUCCGAGGUUGCCAUGGCGGAGCGGACUUUGAAGCUCGAGCCCUGCUGUUGAGACGACUCCCAGGAUGGGAAUGAAACUGCUUUGGCAACCUUUACUAGGGUCACAAUACACAUUGCAGGAUUAGAAGGACCAGGCAGACGGACACGUUUGAGACUACUCGCAUGCUCAGAACAUGUCACACAUAUCAUUU